AUGAAAGUUCGGCUCUGCGUUCUUGGUCCUGUGCUGGUCUUCCUAUGUUCCAUCACCCAGACUGGCUGUGGGAUCCAGGGUGAUUCCAAAAUAUCUGGUCCCAUCUCUGGUUCUUCAGCUGACCAAAGAUCUCAACAAGUGACCUCCAAGUCUCGACGCAAUCCUUGGAGCAGGACUAGUACUGAAAGUCGAUUGGAAUCCGUUGAAUAUCGUAGGCCCCAAAACAAGGAUUUAAACUCAAGACUCAAAUUGCAGCCAUUAGACAAAUAUGUAGCUAACUUGAGGCAACAAAGGAAUAAUGCCACCAAGGAAUCUUUACAGAGCAAAUCGAAAUCAAAAAUUAGUUUGGGGAACAAGUUGAUGUCAAAAAGUAGCUCCAACGGCACGUCCAGUCUUAGUUCAAGUUCGCCAACAAUGACCAAAACUCGUUCGAAACUCAAGUCUUCAUCGAUGGCUGUUCCUAAAGUGGACGCAAAGAUCUCCAAACCUGAGGAUAGGUCCCAGCCAAGAGCAGGCAAGAACCUGACCAAAACUGAGGAUGUGGAUAGUAAAGAACCUCACAAGCCCAAGAGAGGAUGGGUCUGGAACCAGUUCUAUGUUCUGGAGGAGCACAUGGGACCUGAGCCGCAGUACGUUGGAAAGCUCCACUCCAACUCGGACAAAGGAGACGGCUCGGUGCGCUACAUCCUGACGGGAGAGGGCGCCGGGUCCCUCUUCACCAUCAACGAGGACACGGGCGACAUCCACGCUCCCGUCAGCCUGGACCGCGAGACCAAAGCCCAGUACGUCCUCCACGCCCGGGCCGUGGACAGACGCACCAACCGCUCCAUAGAGACGCAGUCCGAGUUCAUCGUCAAGGUCCAGGACGUCAACGACAACGCGCCCACCUUCCCCCACGGGCCCUUCUCGGCCACCGUACCCGAGAUGGCCGACGUCGGUACGUCGGUUUUCCAGGUGACGGCCUCAGACGCAGACGACCCGACCUACGGGAACAGUGCUCAGAUCGUGUACAGCCUCCUGGAGGGACAGCCGCACUUCUCCGUCGACCCCAAGACAGGAGUGAUCCGGACUGCGGUCUCCACUCUGGACAGAGAGACCAGAGCCCACUACAGCGUGUUGGUGCAGGCGAAAGACAUGGCCGGCUCUGUGGGGGGGCUCUCGGGGUCCACCACCGUCAACAUCACCCUGUCCGACGUCAACGACAACCCGCCCAAGUUCCCCCAGAAGAGUUACCAGCUGUACGUGACGGAGCUGACCCCGGUGGGGAAGGCCGUGGGGCGGAUCCAGGCGACUGACGAAGACCAGGGCUCCAACGCCGAGAUGAGCUACAGCAUCACCAACUCUGAGGCCGCCGCCAUCUUUGAAAUCAGCCCUGACCCCACGCACAGGGAGGGCAUCAUAUCGCUCAGACAGCCUCUGAACCACGAGAAGCGUAAGGUGCACACUCUGAACAUCGAGGUGUGGAACCCUCACUCCGACCCGCGCUUCUCUCACCUGGGGCCCUUCAGGGACACCACGUCUCUGCAGGUGAUCGUGGGGGACGUGGACGAGCCUCCUCUCUUCUCCAUGGACUUCUACAUCCUGGACGUGUACGAGAACUCCCCCGCGGGCACGCAGGUGGGGACAGUGUCGGCGCGGGACCCAGACACCACCAACAGCGCCAUCAGGUACUUCAUCGAGAAGGAGGAGGGCAGCCCCAUGUUCUUCACCAUCGGAGUGAACAGUGGACUGAUCCGCACCAACCAGGCUCUGGACCGAGAGGAGGCAGCCUGGCACAACCUCACUGUGAUGGCUGCAGAGGUUGAUAACCCUCGUAUGAUGAGCUAUGUGCAGGUCACCAUCCAGGUCCUGGACGUCAACGACAAUGUUCCAUCUGUUGCCGGGGGCAACAGUGCCAUCAUCGCCUGUGAUAACACCAAGAUGGGGCAGGUGAUCCAGACCAUCCGCGCAGCAGACAGGGACAACUUUGCCAAUGGGAAGUUUUCAUUCCGAGUUCCUCCAGAGCAUCAAGUCAACCCCAACUUCACCGUCAGGGACAACGGAGACAGCACAGCCAGCCUGGUGUCCCGCCGGAGGGAGGGCUUCUCUGGGCAGAGGGAGAGCCUCUUCAGCCUGGUGCUGGUGGUGUCCGACGGGGGAGAGCCUCCUCUGAGCAGCACGGCCACACUGCACAUCCGCGUGUGCGUGUGUGAGAGGAACAGCAGGGGGCGCUACGGAACCAACGUUUGCCAGGCUCAGGCCUUCCUCUCGUCCGCUGGCAUCAGCACUGGGGCAUUUGUGGCCAUCCUGCUCUGCGUUGUCAUAUUACUGGCCAUCGUCAUACUCUUCACCCAACUGCGCCACAAGAAAACCAGCAAAGACAAACUCAUUCUAUCCGAGGAGGACAUCCGAGAAAACGUGGUAACCUACGAUGACGAGGGCGGAGGAGAGGAGGACACGGAAGCGUUUGACAUCACCGCGCUGCGGAACCCCAAAGCAUCUGAACGCUAUCCCAAACUCCACCGAUACUACGACCACAGCCCUUACGAGGACGAGGAGACGGAGGAGGACAGCGAGGAUGGAAUCGUGAUCGUGCGACGCAGAAAAAGAUCGAAUUUCAACCGCGACAGCUACAGUCCCGACUCGGAACCUUCGUGGUUUGUUGUGGAUCACGUCCCGAGAGACAUCAGCCAGUCGGCGCCUUCCCUGCUGUUGGACGGUCACGAUAUCGUCCAGCAGAUUCUUCACCGGAAAGUAGCUCAGGCGGACUGUGACACCAGAGGACCUCCGUACGAUUCGCUCCAAACGUACGCCUACGAAGGGAGAGGGUCGCUAGCGGGAUCUGUCAGUUCACUCGGUCUGACGCUAGAUUCUUUCCCAGAACUAAGCUACGCCGAUUUAGAAGACUGGGAGCCGGACCAGCAAGUUCUAGAGCGGAUUAUCGGAGAACAGGAUGCAACGGACUCCUAA